CGGUUUUCGAACAAACCUUAAAUUAGGGGCCGAGUGGCCUAUUUUAUCCCCUUUCGGAUUCCCAAUUCUCUAGACCGUCGUCUCUACUUGCCCCUGCUAGAGUGACGUCUUUCUGCUAGUUUGACGUACAUUAGAUAGCAAGUUUGUUUCGCGUACGAAGCUUGGUUUAUUUCAACUAUCGGAUCGCUCGACGUCACUGUUGAUUUUUUCAUCUGUAUGCCUUGCGUACGAUCACAUCUAUUCAAAUUUUCCAUGAACGUUUCCAUAGUCUUCCCACAGCUGUUGGUAAUGCAAAUACCCUUCCUUAACUUGAAAUCCACGAGAUGGUAUUUGUCUUCGAGCUCUAAUUUUAGCUGAGAGUAGAAAUGUGAACGAUGACAGGACAUUCACGAGUGGCAUAUAGCAUUCAAAUUAAUAUCUUCUAUGAAUAAAGUAAGACGAAAUUGAUUCAGCUUGAUGGUGAUGCUGGGAUGUGGAUCUGUUUUGAUCCUAUAGGUAGCCGAGAAGGCUGGCGUGCUUCUAUUUUAUUUCUUGUAAUUCUCUCUUUGACGUCUUUCGGUAUCGAUGCCAGCUUAACGAAUGCAGCUGCAUCUAAUGUUCCUCAUAAUACUGUCACGUCGGAAGUGUCACUACCGAUCUCAACGCACCAUGAAGACGACGAAUGUAGGAAUGUGACCACUGAUAAUAGAGCAGCUACUGGUUUGUCAGUGGUCAGUCACGAAUCUGGUUCUCCACAUUCGCCGAUAGUGCCUCCAACCUUUCUGUACGGAGUUCUUACCUGCCAGCCGUAUCAAGGAAUUUCUGUGAACCACAUCUACUUUCAACUAGCGAAUGCCUUCUUUCUAUUGUCACACCUUGCACCAAGUGGCAUACACGGUGUACUCUAUUUAAGGUGCACUCUACUCGUGGGCUGUGCCUUUCUUGCUUUGUGGGGCUGGACAAUAGCUUGCUGGCUGGACGCUGCUCUCUGGAAUGCUCUGUUUGUUGCCAUCAACUUCGUCCAUGUAUGCACGCUUCUUUACAAGCUCAGGCCUAUCAAGUUUUCAAGGGAAGUUGAAGAGGUGUAUAUUGCAGUGUUCCAGCCGCUGAGAGUAUCACGUCAUCAAUUUAAAAAAGUAUUAAAUUGUAUGAAGGUUAUACGACAGUUGAAAUAUCAAGAAGUUUAUGCCCAAGAAAAAGUGACCAAAGUAGAUUCUUUAUCUUUGGUACUUUCUGGAAAAUUAGUAGUAUCACAAAAUGGAAGAGCAUUGCACAUUGUCUUCCCACAUCAGUUCCUGGAUUCUCCAGAAUGGUUUGGUGUCUCCACGGAUGAGUACUUUCAGGUAUCAAUAACAGCUAUGGAGGAAUCAAGAAUAUUAUUAUGGCAUAGAGACAAGUUAAAAUUAAGCAUAAUUAGUGAUCAAUUUCUGCAGGCAGUGUUUGAUCACAUUUUGGGAAGGGAUGUAGUAAAAAAAUUGAUGCAGGUCAGCGAGACAAUGGCUGCUAGUAGUCAUCAGCAACAAAAUGGUCAAGUAAUUGGUUUGGGUGGUAUUGGAGCCUUAGAAAAUGAUCCCGACACCAAACUUUUCGUUGUGAAAAAGACUGGUGACAGUCAAGGUAUUACCGCUCUCAUCAGUCGUCAACUUCAAGAAGAGAGAAUGCCGCUGCUGUACACGACUCAGGAAGUGCUGAACAACACUUUGCAUCAUAUCAAUCACCUACGUACACCUCCCUUAGAUCCUGUGCAACAAAACAAAGUUCAGACUUCCUUAUAAUAUCCCUGUGACACAGGCUGUGCAAUUACCCUAGCACAAAAUUUGUACGUGAUGUAUAUGUAUUAUGUUUCUACAAUGGAUACCCGUAUGUUACACAAAUACCGCCGGGUAAACUCAUUUGUUUUUUUCUUCUGGUUAUUGUAUUCAGGUGAGUUGUCUCUGUGCUUAUGUAACAUUGUUUUACAUGUUGUUCGUAUUAACGAUA